AUGCCCACAAAAAAGAAAAAAACAAGACAGAGAGCAGCAGAGGAAACCAAAGAUGUGGAUGACGAGGACUCGGAAGAUCAGGAACCAAAGCCAAAAAAGAAAAGUAAGCAGGUGAGUGAGUCAGGAGAUGCUGGCAGAUCGAAGAAGAAAAAGAAACUCAAGGACAGUGAUGAAGAAGGGUACAGCUCUGAUGUGUCUGUGACUGAUGUGAAGAGCAGCAAAAAGAGAGGAAAAGAUAAGGAAAAGGUCAAGAAGAAGAAAACUAAAGAAGAGAGUGGAGAUGAGCUGAGCAUCAAGUCACAGAAUACAGAUACUGAGGAUAACAACAAUGAGUCCAAAAGUAGCAAGAGAAAAGAAAAGUUGCCUGAUGUGAUUGAGACCACAAAGACAGGAUCAAAAAAAUCUUCAGCUAAAGAGAAAAUGGGAAAAGAUAAAAAAUCCAAAGACGUAGAGGAAGAUCAAGAUGCAGCUGGGGAUGAAGACGAGGGGAAAAAGAAAAAGAAAGGCAAGAAGAAAGGUUCGGUGAAGGGGGAUAGUGAUGAUGACACCAAAAAGACAAAAGGGAAAAAGAAGAAAGUUGAAAAUUACGUGGAAAUCUAUGAGAAGGAACUUCGCAACUAUGAACCAGAAGAAGUGGAGAACUACGAGGAUGAGUAUCAUAAGAAGAAAGUGUAUGAAGUCGUAACCAUCACUGGUGAUGAAAGAGGAGCAGGCACCGACGCCAACGUGUUUAUCACAUUGUUCGGAGAAUAUGGCAUCACUCCAAAAGUUCAUCUGGCGAGCAAGAGUCGUACUGCUUUUGAGAGAGCCAAAACUGAUGUCUUUAGAAUAAGGACUCACAAUGUUGGACCCAUAAAGAAGAUAAGGAUUGAGCAUGACAACACCGGCAUGAACGCCAGCUGGUUCCUGGACAGAGUGGUUGUGACGGAUGUGAUCAGGCCUCACCUCAGGUUCUACUUUGCUUGUAACAACUGGCUCAGUAAAGCGGAGGGAGACCAUCUUUACAUUCGAGACCUUCUGGGCAGCAUGGACCCCAUGGACAUGCCCAAAUAUAAUAAAUAUGGAGUGAGUGUUUUCACUGGAGAUGUAAAGGGCAGUGGAACCGAUGCAGAUGUCUUCAUCAAUAUCUUUGGGGAGUUUGGAGACACAGGGGAAAGACGACUUGACAAUGAUAAAAAUAACUUUGAACAAGACACAGAGGACAAGUUUACCUUUGAGGCACCAAACUUGGGCAAAAUUAGAAAGAUCACAAUUGGCCAUAACAACAAAGGCUCCUCAGCAGGAUGGUUUGUAGAUAAGGUGAUUGUGGAUGAUCUGGGCAACAAAAUGGUCUAUGAAUUCCCCAUCAAUCGUUGGUUUGCCAUUGAUGAGGAUGAUGGAAAGAUCCAAAGGGAUAUUUUGGUGGGAGGGAGUCAACCUACAGGUAUUGUGUACAAUGUCCAGAUUGUGACAGGGAACAUCCGAGGUGCUGGGACCAACUCCAAAAUCCACAUUGUGAUGCAUGGCUCCAAAGGCAUGAAGAACAGCGGCAAGGUAUUUCUGGAGGGUGGAAAGUUUGAGCGAGGCUUGACAGACAUUUUCAAUGUUGAGAUCGCUGCACUCCUCAGCCCCCUCAGUAGAGUUACUAUUGGACACGACAAUGGAGGAGUCAGCUCUGGGUGGUUCUGUGAAAAGGUGGUGGUGUACUGCCCGUUCACAGGGAUUGAGCAGACCUUCCCUUGUAGUAAAUGGCUGGAUGAGAAGGAAGGAGACGGUCUGAUAGAGAGAGAGCUCUAUGAGAUGGUGUCACUCAGACAGAAGAGACAAAAGAAGCACCCAUGGUCCUUGUGGAUCUGGACAUCAGACCUGCCCAAUGCAGGAACCGACGCCGACGUCUUCGUCCAAAUUUAUGGAGACAAAGGCAAAUCAGACGAGAUCAGACUGGACAACAAAACUGACAAUUUUGAGCAAGGACAGGUAGACAAGUUUAUGAUCGAACUACCUGAUUUGGGAAAACUGACCAAACUCCGUGUCUGGCAUGAGAAGAGAAAUCCUUUUGCAGGAUGGCAUCUCAGUAAGGCAACUAUAAUGAAGACAUUAACUAAGGAAAAGUAUACAUUCCCCUGUGAGCGUUGGCUGGACAUUACUGAGGACGAUAACGAGGUUGUGAGGGAGUUACCUGCCACUGGAGAUGAAAUUGACGAGCCGCUGGCCUUGGUAAAGUACAGGGUGACUGUUUGCACGGGGACCAUCGGCGGCAGUGGAACAGAUGCAUCUGUGUUUCUUAGCCUGAUUGGAGACCAAGGGGACACAGGAGAUCGACAGCUGAUGAACUGCAAAAACAAUGUCAACAAGUUUGAGAAAGGAAAUUUGGAUGAGUUUAUUAUUGAAGCUGUAUCCAUCGGGAAGAUCCGCAGAUUGAGGAUUGGACACGAUGGCAAAGGUGGAGGCUGCGGCUGGUUUCUUGAUAAAGUCAUGGUGCGUGAAGAGGGCCAGGCGGAGGCCCACGCUGUAGAGUUCCCAUGCAACAGAUGGUUUGACCGUAAUGAAGAUGAUGGACAGAUUGUUCGAGAGUUGGUGCCUUUAUCAGAUGGGCAGCGUCUCUACAAUUUCAACUAUCACAUUGCAGUAAAGACUGGUAACAUCCCUGGAGGCAGUUCAGACUCCAACGUGUUUGUCAAGCUUUACGGGGAGAAAGGGGACACCAGUAAGAUGAUGCUGGUGGUCUCUGACAACAACCUGGGGAACUACUUUGAGACGGGUCGUGUUGACAUCUUCACUGUGGAAACCCUUGAUAUUGGACAGAUCAACCGUCUGAUGAUUGGCCACACCAACGAGGGCAUGCGUGCCGGGUGGUUUCUGGACAGUGUUCAGAUUAUGGUGCCAGCCCAUGGAAGCCAUUACAUGUUCCCCAGUCACCGCUGGCUUUGCAAGGAUGAAGCAGAUGGAAAAACAGAGGUGGAGCUUUACCCCAGUGAGAUCUUGGAGAUGGAGCAAUUGAUUAAUUAUGAAGUAACUGUAGUGACUGGAGAUGUGACGUUUGCUGGCACUAAUGCCAGAGUGUUCAUCCAGAUGUAUGGAGACAAAGGGAAGACAGAGAUUAUGAUCCUCGAAAGCAGAUCCAACAAUUAUGAACGUAACACCACAGAAAUAUAUAAGAUUGAGAGCAAAGAUGUGGGCAAGAUCUACAAGAUCCGUAUCGGUCACGACGGCUCUGGUAUCGGAGCUGGCUGGUUUCUGGAGACUGUGGAUGUCAAACGUCUGAUCAUGGCCAUGGCGCCCAAAGAGAAGAAAAAGGAGGACAGAGAGGAGAUGCAGGAGGUGGUGCUGACUUAUCAUUUCCCCUGUUCACGGUGGCUGGCAUCAGGGGAGGAGGAUGGUGAACUGGUGGUGGAGCUGCUGCCUGAGGACUCAGAGGACCUGGAAGUCAACACCUAUGAAGUGAGUGUCUUCACUGGUGUCAUGAUGGGCGCUGGGACCGACUCCAGGGUCUUCAUCAAUAUUUAUGGAGAAAACGGAGACACUGGAGAGCGCUUCCUCAAGAAGUCGGGCAACCUCAACAAAUUUGAACGAGGACAGGUGGAUGUUUUCAUGGUGACAGCUGUUUCCCUUGGUCCUCUAAAGAAGCUACGUAUCCGGCAUGACAACUCAGGGGCUCAUUCUGCUUGGUACCUGGAUCGUGUAGAGAUAAUAGAUGAAAAGGAUGAUACAACGUAUUAUUUUCCUUGUAACCGCUGGCUGGCAGUGGAUGAGGAUGACGGGCAGAUAGCGAGAGAGCUGGUACCUGUGGAUGAGGCCUUCAUUUUGAAGGAUGAUGAUGACGAGGGGACUGCCAUGUCUACUACGUACACUCUGAAACUGAAAACUGGAGAGAAGGAAUACGCUGGCACUGAUGCCAACGUGUUCGCUAUCCUUUUUGGCGAAAAUGAUGACACAGGGAUUGUCAACCUUAAGGCGUGUAAGAAUUAUAAGAAUAAGUUUGAGAAGGGGAUGAUCAACGAGUUUACUGUGGAGGCAGUGGAUUUAGGCGAUCUGGAGAAGCUUCGAAUUGGUCACGACAACUCAGGAGGUUCACCUGGUUGGUUCUUGGAUUGGGUCGAGGUUGACGCUCCCUCACAAGGUCAGAGAAUGAGAUUCCCAUGUGGCCGCUGGCUUGACAGAGGAGAGGACGAUGGUGCCAUAGUGAGAGAUCUUUACCCUGCAGAGUUACAGACUGAAUUCUUCAUGCCAUUUGUACCUUAUGAGAUAAAGAUCUACACCAGUGAUGUGUUUGGUGCUGGAACAGACGCUGAUGUCUUCAUAGCUUUGUACGGGCGUAAAGGAGUGUGCACACAGCAGAAAUCCCUGUGUGUCAACAAGAGAGAGAGACGGCUCUACUUUGAGAGGGGAGCUGAGGACAUGUUCAUUGUGGAGUUGGAGGAUGUUGGCGAUGUUAUAGAGAAGAUCAGGAUAGGACACGACAACAGGGGCACCAACCCAGGAUGGCACCUGGAUAGAGUCGAGAUCAGAAGGCAACUCAGGAAGGGAAAGGGUUCAGAGACGACCAUUUUCCCAUGUGAGCGUUGGCUGGCCAAGUCAGAGGACGAUGGUGAGACGGUGAGGGAGCUGGUACCCUCUGAUAUCAUCACAGAGAAACUACUCCGAGAUGGAAAACUAAAACGGACUGAGACAGAGGUGGAGGAUGCUUUGGAAACUCACACCUACAAGGUGUCGAUACGGACGGGAGAUAUGUACGGAGCAGGAACAGAUGCCAAUGUGUUUCUCACAAUCUAUGGUGACCUCGGAGACACAGGGGAGCGAAAACUCGCCAAAUCUGAAACCAACAAGAACAAGUUUGAGAGAGGAGAGGUGGACAAGUUCACUAUUGAGGCUGUGGAUCUGGGGCAAGUCUUCAAGGUUCGCAUUCGUCAUGACAACUCCAUGAUUGGUGCAGACUGGUAUUUGGACCAGGUGGAGGUGCAGGAUGUGGACUCUGAGGAGGUGUACAUGUUCCUGUGUGAGCGCUGGUUGUCGACAAAGAAAGAAGACAAACGCAUAGACAGAACCUUCUUUGUCAAGGGGUAUGAGGGUGAACGAAACACUGAUCCAAACACAAAGAAAAUGGCCCUGGCCAAACUGGGACUGGACAGAAAUGCCAAUAAGAAGAAAAAGAAGAAAAAGGCAGCAGUAGUCGAAGAGGGUCCAAUCAUCCCCUACCACUUCACCUUGUCCACGGGGGUCGAACGUGAUGCCAGCACCACAGCCAGGGUCUAUGUUAUCAUCCUCGGCCCAAAUGACACAGAAACAGACCGACUGUGGCUGGACCUGCCUGACGGAAAGAAAGCCUUUACAGCCGGCACCAUGGAACACUUUGUGUGCUAUGGGACUGACGUAGGAGAGAUCAAGAGGGUGGAACUCGGCCAUAACGGUGUCACACCAGAGAGCUGCUGGUUGGUGAAUGAGCUGUCGGUUGCCGUGCCAACCAAAGGUAUCAAGUACAUCUUUCCAUGUAAGUGCUGGCUGGCUAAAGACAGGGGAGAUGGUCUGACUGCCAGACUGUUCAACGUGCUGGACUCCAGCACGAUCAACAUUAUCCGCAAAGUAGUUUAUUCUGCAACAGUUGUCACAGGGGACACUCAGUCCGCAGGAACCGAUACUAACAUUUUUCUGACUGUUUACGGAGCCAAUGGGUGCACAGAGGAAAUGCUUCUACCUAAAAAUGAGGACCGGUUUGAAAGAGGUCAAGAGGACACUUUUACCCUGGAAAUAGAUGACAUUGCUCCACUGAAGAAGAUCAGAGUUCGGAUAGAUGGAACUGGGAGUCGCCCCGACUGGUUUCUUGACAGGAUCCUGAUGAGGAACCUGACAACAGAAGAAGUGUACGUGUUCACCUAUGAGGAAUGGCUGUCGAAGACCAAAGGGCCGAAGAGGACAAAGGUGUGUGAGCUGGCAGCUGUGGUGGAUGAAGAGGAGAUGGUGGAGAAAACAACCUACCUUCUUCAAGUCCAGACGAGUGACAUCGCAAGUGCUGGCACCGAUGCCAAUGUGUUUGUGAUUUUAUUUGGGGAGUACGGAGACACUGGGACACUGCCUCUGAGGGACAGCACCAACAGAAACAAGUUUGAGCGUAAGGGCAAAGAUACGUUCAGAUUUUCUGACAUGCUCAGUCUGGGUGAGCUGUCCAAACUCCGAGUGUGGCACGACAACAAAGGCCCUGGUCCAGGCUGGCACCUCGAGUACAUUGAUGUGAAAGAUGAGGCCAUGGACCAAACGUUCAGGUUCCCAUGUGACCGCUGGUUGGCUAAAAAUGAAGAUGACGGGCAGAUAAUGAGGGAGUUGGCCUGCGCCAACAACGACUCUGUAGAUCUCAGUGACAAAACCAAAUAUGAAAUUGCCACAACAACUGCUAACACAGAUAAAGCUUCCACCACGGAAAAUGCCUGGAUUGUGUUGGAGGGAAGAAAAGCCCGUUCCAAGGAGUUAGUGCUAGAGAAUAAGAAAAAGAAGUUCUUAUGCGGUGCCACUGACACAUUCGAGUUUUCGUCCAAGCACGUUGGAGAAAUCGCUGGCAUCUGCAUCGGCCACAUAACGAAAGACGGCAAAAAGCCAAAGGGUGAAUCUUUCUGGUAUGUUAUGGAGGUAGUAGUGACAGAAAAGGAGCUGGGAAACAAGUAUUUCUUCCGCUGUGAUUCUCAAAUUCCCCUGGCAGCCAAAAAGGACCAAUUCCAGACAUUUGAGUGUUACAAAUCUGUCGAGAGCUUCGCAAGCAAAGUCCGCAACCUGGUGCCCGUCAAGUAUGAGAUCAUCGUCAUCACUGGAGACGUUAAAGGCGCCGGGACAGACGCCAACGUUUUCAUCACCAUUUACGGCGUCAACGGUGACUCGGGCAAACGUCAACUCAGGCAGAAGUUUCGCAACCUUUUCGAACGAGGACGAACAGACCGUUUUGUGCUGGAGAUGCUGGACCUCGGGGAGCUACUGAGGGUCAAAGUGGAGCACGACGACCACGGCUCCAGCAGUGGGUGGUAUUUAGAGUGUGUUGAGGUGACCAACACAGCCAACUCAGUGACUACUAUCUUUCAGUGUGGAAAGUGGCUAGACAAGAGCAAAGCCGACGGGCAGAUUGAGCGUGUGCUAUAUCCCAGGUAUUAGGAGGAGGAUGCGCGAAUCAAAAAGUGGCCAGGUAUGUUUGUGCCAACUCUCUAGGUUGUCCCACUGCAGGUGUAAUCUGCACAGCAGCCGUCUAAAUGGAGACUUCAGGGCUGAGGGCCUGUUUUUCUUCACUCCACAAAACGCCAUUUCCCAUUGUCCUCUCUUACACCAACUCAAAAUAAACUUCCACUGACUUCAGAACUGGA